AUGGCGCGCGAAUCGUCUGGAAGCUCGACUUCGAGUUUGCGGCAAGAGUGGCUGGGAGUUUCAAGGAGUCACGAGAGUGACCUCGAGAAAGACGUACCGAUGCAAAGUCAACCAGACAAUGCUAGCCAAGCUGAUGCUAGGACUUCCAAACCAGAGCCGGCCUCACCUGUCGGACGAUACAGUGACUCGCCAAUUCCAGAUGGUGGCCUAAGAGCAUGGCUUCAGGGCAUCGUCACAGCAUAUGGAGUCUUUCAAUCAUACUAUCGCUCCUCACCCCUUCGUUCCGAAAGCAAUUCGAGUAUAUCAUGGAUCGGGACUAUACAAGGAUUUCUCCUGGCAUUCAUGACUAUAUUUGCGGGGCCCAUCUUCGAUCGCGGACACCCACACGUCCUCGUAGCUACAGGCGGUUUCUUGGUCGUAUUUGGAACCAUGAUGACAUCUUUGUGCAAGCAAAAUUGGCAAUUUUUCCUUGCACAAGGAGUCUGUGUUGGCUUGGGCGCGAUCGUGGCUGUAGCGAUCCUUUCGGGAUGGUUCGAGGGUAGACGUGCCAUAGCAACUGGCAUUGCCGCAUGUGGAGCUGCUAUCGGCGGAGUCAUCUAUCCUAUCGUUUUCCAUCGAUUGCAGCCGGUCAUUGGCUUUCCAUGGGCGGUUAGAGUCAUGGCAUUCAUCAUGCUCGCAACAACACUUGUCUCGCUGGCAAUUGUCAAGAUGCGGACAAAGCCUCCGCCUCGACCCAAAAUUGUCGACUUCACAGCCUUUCGAGAGCUUUUGUUUACACUCUUUGCGAUCAUCUGCUUCGUAGGAAGCAUGGGGUUGUAUGUGCCUUUCUUCUACAUUACGGAUUAUGCUGCAGAGGUCGAAGGCUUGAACCAUGAGCUGGCUUUCUACAUGCUACCAAUCCUCGCAUCCGGUGGCAUUCUUGGUCGAAUCAUUCCAGCGGUGCUUGCAGAUCGCAUUGGUACUUUGCAAGUACUGGCAUUGACGACAUCUGUGGCUGCAGCAUUGCCUUUCUUCUGGAUCCUGGUUAGAAGCUCGACUGGUGGCAUCGUCGUCUGGAGCUUGUUCUAUGGCAUCUUCAGUGGACCUUUCGUGAGCCUGCGAGCGCCAACCAUCGCAGCAAUCACUCCGGAUAUGCGAAUUGUAGGGGGUAGAUUGGGUAUGUCGACCUUUUGA